AAAACAAAACGUGGAUUCCCUGACUACGCAUUGUGAUGACCAGCAAUUACCUUACUGACUGAUACCGGGAGACGAAUAUUUUGCAAGACUGUGGGAACAGCCUUGGAAAACUGGAAGAUGAAAGCUCCUAUUCCUCACUUAAUCCUCUUGUAUGCUACUUUUGUUCAGAGUCUGAAGGUUGUGACCAAAAGGGGCUCAGCUGAUGGAUGUACUGAUUGGUCAGUGGAUUACAAGAAAUAUCAAGUCUUAGUGGGAGAACCUGUUCGUAUAAAAUGUGCAUUGUUCUAUGGAUAUAUUAGAGCAAAUUACACCAUAGCACAAAGUGCUGGACUCAGUUUGAUGUGGUAUAAAAGCUCUGGACCUGGGGACUUUGAGGAACCUAUAGCUUUUGAUGGAACUAGAAUGAGCAAAGAGGAAGAUGCCAUUUGGUUUCGCCCAACAGUAGCACAAGACAGUGGACUUUAUGCAUGUGUCAUAAGAAACUCUACUUACUGUAUGAAAGUAUCCAUUUCGCUGACAGUGGGUGAAAAUGACACAGGCCUCUGCUACAAUUCAAAGAUGAAAUACUAUGAAAAAGCUGAACUUAGCAAAACCAAGGAAAUUUCAUGCCCUGACAUACAGGAUUUUUUAAUACCAUAUAGAGAGCCUGAAAUCCUGUGGUAUAAGGAAUGCCAAAUGAGAACCUGGAGACCAAGUAUUCUGUUCAAAAAGGACAUUCUUGUUAUGCGGGAGGUCAGAGAAGAUGAUAUUGGAAAUUAUACUUGUGAAUUGAAGUAUGGAUUGUUUGUUGUCAGAAGAACUACAGAAUUAACAGUUACAGCACCACUGACAGAGAAACCACCAAAGCUUUUGCACCCUUCAGAGAGUAAAUUGAUAGUUCAAGAGACACAGCUAGGCCAUUCUGCUAAUCUCACCUGCCGAGCAUUCUUUGGAUACAGUGGAGAAGUCAGUCCUUUAAUGUACUGGAUGAAAGGCGAAAAGUUUAUUGAGGAUUUGGAUGAAAGUCGGGUUUGGGAAAGUGAUAUUAGAGUUCUUAAGGAACAUCUUGGAGAACAAGAAGUUUCCAUCUCAUUAAUCCUUGAUUCAGUGGAAGAAGGAGACCUCGGAAAUUACUCGUGUUACGUUGAAAAUGGAUAUGGCCGCAGACACGCCACCGUUAUUCUACUUAAAAGGGAGCUAAUGUACACAGUUGAACUUGCUGGUGGACUUGGUGCUAUUCUGCUGCUUCUUAUUUGUUUAGUGACUAUUUACAAAUGCUACAAGAUUGAGAUUAUGCUAUUCUACCGGAAUCAUUUUGGUGCUGAAGAACUAGAUGGAGACAAUAAAGAUUAUGAUGCAUAUCUGUCAUACACCAAAGUGGAUCCUGACCAGUGGAAUCAGGAAACUGGGGAAGAAGAACGGUUUGCUCUUGAGAUCUUACCAGAUAUGCUUGAAAAGCACUAUGGAUACAAGUUGUUUAUUCCGGAUAGAGAUCUGAUUCCAACCGGAACAUACAUAGAAGAUGUGGCAAGAUGUGUAGACCAAAGCAAGCGAUUGAUCAUUGUCAUGACUCCAAGUUAUGUGGUAAGAAGAGGCUGGAGUAUCUUUGAACUGGAAACAAGACUUCGAAACAUGUUAAUUACUGGAGAAAUUAAAGUGAUACUGAUUGAAUGCAGUGAACUCCGAGGAAUUAUGAAUUACCAGGAAGUGGAGGCCCUGAAACAUACCAUCAAGCUCCUUACUGUUAUUAAAUGGCAUGGACCAAAAUGCAACAAGUUGAAUUCCAAAUUCUGGAAACGUUUACAGUAUGAAAUGCCUUUUAAGAGGAUUGAACCCAUCACACAUGAGCAGGUUUUAGACAUCAGUGAACAAGGACCCUUUGGGGAACUGCAGACAGUCUCAGCAAUUUCCAUGGCUGCUGCUACCUCCACUGCUCUGGCCACUGCCCAUCCUGAUCUGCGCUCCACCUUUCAUAACACAUAUCAUUCCCAGAUGCGCCAGAAACACUAUUAUCGAAGCUAUGAAUACGACGUACCUCCUACCGGCACCCUGCCUCUUACCUCAAUAGGUAACCAGCAUACCUACUGCAACAUCCCUAUGACACUUAUUAAUGGGCAGCGACCACAGACAAAAACUAACAGAGAGCAGAAUCCUGAUGAGGCUCAUACGAACAGUGCUAUACUGCCACUCUUACCACGGGAAACCAGUAUAUCAAGUGUCAUUUGGUGACAGAAAUGGAAGGGGAAAUUUGGCCCCCUUAAGUAGAAGCAAAGUCUGCAGUCUGGUGCCUGGAACUACAUCCUUGACUGCUGCUGUUAAACAUGCAUUACAAUCUAUGAAAUAUGAGGAAAAACAGGGUCUUGUACAUACAUUUUUGCAAAUUUCUUUGUAGCAUCAGUCUUCCUGUUUUAUCCAUGUCUCUUGCCAUUCACAUUUUGACAUGUUGACUUUGUUUUAUAUGCCAUUGGGAUUUGUAUAUUUAAAUUUUUAAAAGAGAAAAACGAAGAGACUGCUGUAUAGAUAGGAGAGCCCUUUUUGCUUCAUUAGUAUAGUUUAUGUGUUAUUUUUUAACAUUUCUUGGGAAUGCUUGGACAAAGCUCUGUUGAGUCCAAAACAUUAUCCAUUUUGUUGGCCUGCCUAGCCUGACACUCAAAGGCCAUGCUUGCAGCAAUUCACCAGUGUGUGUGUGUGUGUGUGUGUGUGUGUGUGUGUGAACACUUGUUCUUAGGAGGACCCCACUGAUGAUUCAUAGCCCUUUUCAAUCAUUAUCCCACUGCC